AUGGAGCUCAAGGUGAGCAUGUCCGACACUUCGCCCACGAUCCGUUGGGAAACCACAGCCUUCACCAUCGACCUUGUCCAAAAUGACGCAGGGGCCAUUUGCGUGAGGAGCAUUCUUCCUGCAAGGGUGUCGGCCCAAAGGCCAGCGUCGCCACUUUUCGACUUAUCCGAAUUGCCUCUAGUCAGCGUCAAGCUGGCGGGAGAGGGUAACACAUUCGACAAGACCGCAAAGUCCCUAGUGGGCAGCUGUCUUUCUGCGCGACUGAAAUACGAAAGCCACGAGAUACAGAAUGAUGAUCAGGUAGAAACACUGGAGAUUCGGAGCCGGGACGAAAUUACAAAAACAUUAGUCACUACUCGCCUUUCAGUCUACGGGGCUAUUCCAGUCCUCAGAUCAUUAGCUACGAUCACAGAUGAAUCCGAGAAUACCGACAAUAACGUCACGCAGCUUUCCUCGAUUACAGUUGGUGGCUUGACGACAAAGUCACAACAGUGGUACCACGACUACAGACUCCUGACUACCACCAAUAGCUGGUUUCGAGAAGCGCAGUGGCGCGAGCAGACAUUGCCUGAAAUUGGUAUCAACAAUGAUGGGAUAUGCGAACUCCCUUACGGACACUUGUGCUCGCAAGCUACGUUCGGCCUCCAAAGUCACGGCUCCUUUUCUACAAGUAGCCAUUUACCAAUGGGCGCUCUGAGGUCAAACGAUAACGAGGAUACCUGGCUCUGGCAAGUUGAACAUAAUGGGUCUUGGAGAUGGGAGAUCGGAGACAAUAAAGAUAGCAUCUAUCUCGUUGCUGGCGGUCCAACAGGGAUGGACCACGACUGGAAACAAGUACUGCACCCUGGCCAGAGCUUCACGACCAUUCCUGUUGCUUUGACGCGCGUGACUGGUUAUCAGCGACAGAUCAUAAGGCCACAUGAAGACAAUGAGAAUCUCCCUAUCAUGUUUAACGACUACAUGAACUGUCUUAUGGGUGAUCCGGAUGAGGACAAGGUCGCAGCGCUUCUCGAUCCCGUGGCGAAAACGGGGGCCAAAUACUUCGUUAUCGACGCUAGAUGGUACGCGGAUGAUAGUACUUGGUGGGAUGAUGUGGGCCUGUGGGAGCCUUCGCAAAAGCGUUUCCCGUCUGGAUCUAAAGUCCUUCUAGACAAGAUAAGAAGCAAGGGGCUUAUCCCUGGCUUGUGGCUGGAGCUGGAGGUUGUUGGCGUGCGAAGUGUAGUGGGCAGUCGCCUCCCCAAAGACGCAUUUUUCCAAGAGUGUGGUCAGGGGAUCAUCGAAAAAGGCAGAUUCCAACUUGACUAUCGUCACCCUGAGGUCCGAACUUGGAUGGACACAGUUAUCCAUAACCUCGUCAUAAAUUACGGCGUGGGAUACUUCAAGUUCGACUACAACAUUGAAGUCACAUAG